AUGCGACGCGGUGUCUUGAUCUUCCUCCUUGUCAACCUCCUCAUAGUCACCUUUUUGGUGCGCAGUGUCUUCACGCUUCUGUCACUGCUCGUGGAAGAUGCUUCCGCCGACGCCAUUCAUCGUGCCGAGCUCCCCUCGCCGAAUUCCAGUUUGAUUGAACAACGGCCGCAAAUCAUCCCGAAAAUCAUUCACCAGACCUACAAGAACGAGACGAUCCCCGAGGUGUGGAGAGAAGCUCAGCAGAGCUGCAUUGACUUGCACCCUGACUACGAGUACAUUCUGUGGACGAACGAGAAGUCGCGCGAGUUUAUCGCCAACGAAUACCCCUGGUUCCUCGAGACUUUUGAUGGCUACAAGUACCCGAUUCAGCGGGCAGACUCGAUUAGAUACUUUGUUCUGGCCCACUACGGUGGCACCUACAUUGACCUUGACGAUGGAUGCAACCGUCGCCUAGAUCCUCUUCUCGCAUACCCUGCUUGGGUGCGCCGCACGGUUCCCACCGGUAUUUCCAAUGACGCUAUGGGUUCUGUCCCACAGCAUCCCUUCUUCUUACGUGUGAUCGAGCUAUUGCAGUCUUAUGAUCGCCAUUGGCUUCUACCGUAUAUCACCGUGAUGUACUCCACCGGCCCACUCUUCCUCUCGGUGAUCUGGAAGGAAUACAUGCAAACCUUUCCAAGCGAGUCGGCACGUGUGCGCAUCUUGAUGAAGGACGAAUACAACAAGCACUCAUGGAGUUUCUUCACUCACCAUGUGGGUAACAGCUGGCAUGGCAAAGAUGCCCGUCUGAUCUUCUGGAUGGGUCAGCACUGGAUGUUCCUCACCGUUCUCGGUUUCAUUCUGGCUGCCGUGGUCGGGUUCGCCCUCUGGUGGCUCUACGUUCGGGUUAUGGUACUUGGUUCGAAGUACCGCUACCGUUAUGCAAAGAUCCCUUCUUUCGUGACGGGAUCUCGGUUACCCUCCCCGACGAGAAUGUCGCGUCGUAUGAUGCCCACUCUUCUUCGCCGGGUCAGCUUCAAGGAAGACGAAGAAGCGAACGGUGUUACGGAAACUUCCUAUGAACUUUACAGUCGUCGUGAUUAA